ACGUUUGGGCAUCCACUUCAAUUCGGGGGAAUGUGAUCGAGCAGCACCUCAUCAGCGUGCCCGAUUGGGCGCCCUCUUCCAUCCCACACACCUCUUUUUCUCUCUCCUCUUUCAUCUUCAUCAACUUUGUCGUCCUCCUUGUCCACGUCAUACCACCGCGCGGCGGGUGUUUGAGGAUGACGGGGGCCAGCAGUUGAAGGUGGGCGACGAGGGUGAUGACUGCGGAGCGGGAAAGCUUUGACAAUGGCGGGACGAAGAUGACUGAGGUGGAGGACGAGGUGGAGGAGCGGGAGGAGCGGGAGAAGGAGCAGGAGGAGGGAUGGGAAAAGGAGCGGGAAAAGGAAUGGGAGGAGGAGUGGGAGGAGGAGCGGGAGGAGCGGGAGGAGUGGGAGUGGAAACGGGAAGGGGCGGGAGGAGGAGCGGGAGGAGGAGCGGCAGGGGAAACGGGGAGGGGGUUAGGAGCGGGAGAAGGAGCACGAGGGGAAACGGGAAGGGAUGGAGGAGGCACGGGAGGAGGAGCUGGAAACGGGAAGCGGGUUAACGAACGCGCGGGAGGCGGAGGAGCGGGAGAAGAUAUAGGAGGGGGAGUGGGAGGAGGAGAGGGAGGAGGAGAGGGAGGAGGAGCAGGAGAAGGAGCGAGAGCGGGGCAGCACGAGGAGCGGGAGGAGCAGCAAGAGGGAGAGCGGAAGGAGGAGAGGGAGGAGGAGAGGGAGGAGGAGCGGGAGAAGGAGCGGGAGCGGGGCUAUGGCAGGAUCUUUGUCACGUUGUUUGGUGGAGGAGGAGCGGGAGGAGGUGGAGGAGUGGGAGGAGCGGGAGAAGGAGCGGGAGGAGUGGGAGAAGGAGCGGGAGAGGGAGUGGGAGGGGAAACGGGAAGGGGUGGAGGAGGUGCGGGAGGAGUGGGAGGAGGAGCGGCAGGGGAAACGCGGAGGGGGUUAGGAGCGGGAAGAGUGCAAACGGGAAUGGGUGGAGGAGGCACCAGAGGACAAGCGGGAGAAGGAGCGGACAGAUUGAAAGGGGGGCGGGGGACAUUGAUUGAUUGACUGUUUGAUUGAUUUUAUCCAAAACAAAAAAAGAGACCGCCCCAUUCUCCUUUUUUGUUUUGGUUUUUCAAUCAAUCAAAUCAACCAUG